AUGAAUGCACCGAGUUCCCCGGAGUCCUCCGACCUGGCCCUCCUUGAAUCCAUAAGGAGGCACUUGUUACUCGACGACGCGGAAAGUCCGCUCGUCCCGAGUUGUCCCGGUGGAACUGGGUUUUGGAGCACCGGCCCCGGCGUUGACUUGUUGCUCUAUCUGAUCGAGGAAUGGGGAGAGCUCCUUUUCAUAGAAGACUUUCUCCACGGGAUCCUGAAUGAGCCUUUCUCGGCCGAUUGGGAUCCAUUGGCCCCGCCGGCAGCCCGCCGGCCCAGCUUCGAGGCGGAGGUUUCGGUGAAGCCGGAGCCCCUCCUGGCAGCGUCUUGGUCGGUGGGGUGUGUUGCGGCUCCGCCAACUCCGCCGCCUUCGGCGGUCCCGGCAAAGGGGAAGCGCUAUAUAGGAGUGAGGCAGCGGCGGGAAAAGUUCACGGCAGAGAUCCGCAACUCGGCAAAGGAGGGGGGCCGGGAGUGGCUCGGGACUUUCGAGACAGCAGAGGACGCGGCGCGGGCCUACGAUAAAGCUGCCUAUAGAAUCCACGGCCAGUGGCACUUGCUCAAUUUCCCGGACCGGAUCAACUCAGGCGAGCCCGAGCCCGUCAGGGUGCUGUCGAGACGUCGGCCAUCAUUAGAGCCAUUGACUUCCUCCUCCUCCUCCUCCUCACCGGCCAACGGCUCCGGGGAGAGGACGAAAAAGGCGACGACGGCUGCCACGGCAGCGGGAGUGGCCACGUCAGAGAAUGGGGGGGAGGGGGGUUCCAAGUAGGAUACCACGUGGCAAUGACCACAAUUGGCAAAAAAGCUGUUAGUUAGCUUAUGAUUGACAUCUUCUUUGGGACCACACGUGGCGCAAUGUCUACCAGGACGGUGAAGCUGUGUGGAAAUACUUUUUGUUUUUGUUUUUUUUGUUUCGUUUUGGUUGUUUUUCCGCCGAGGAUGUUUUGUGAUAAUAAUGUAAACCAAUAAGAGGGAAGUGAGAAUGGAAAGGGCUCUUCCUAUAUAUUUUGGGCAUGGUGAUUUCUGUUCCUUUUCGGCGAGUUGUGUCUCGCAUGUAUAACACCGAUGCAUGAUGGUCGUUUCAUUGGAAGGAAACUAGAUGUGCAUUCAG